UUCCACUUGAAUCAUGGCUGAAGUGGCGGAAGGAGCGGCGGCGGCGGGACUGUUUGCUGGCAUGGAGUUUGCCAUUUCGGUGCGCAAUGAAGAGGGCAAGCAUGCUCGGGAUCUGAUCGAGGCCAAUGGAGGCACGGUGGUGAGGACGUUGUCGCACUUGCCGCACCAAACUGUGCUCAUGGAGCGCGUCCGUCUUCUCAAACGUGCGCCGAAUUACUUGGCUAUCGAUUACAUCGCCGAGUGCAUCGCGGCGGGGCAGUUGUUGGAUCGCGAACGCUUCAUGCUCACGGCGGAUUGGACCGACACGCCACCGCAUCAACGACGGUUAACGCCUCAUGGCGGCGGGCGCAGGCAAUACACGAACAUCGAGCGCGGCGCCAUGUUGGCCUUUGCUCGGAAUCGCAAGCGCGACAUCAACCAGAAACUACCGCGAGCGUUCUGGGAACUGGCGGCACGAAACCAGGUGACGUCGCACUCGGCCGAAAGCAUGCACGAGCAUUAUCGCAAACAACUGAUCCACAAGACCGCCGCGGAAAAAGAUGCGCUCGUGCAGAUAUACUAUACGAACCUCCUGGCGUCGCAUCGACCGAGUCCACCCCGAGCAGCAGCGCAACCUCCGUCGGCCAAUCUCCCGCCAUCGCCGUCAUCUCCACCGCCGAGGCCAUCCCCGUCAUUGGACACCCUCUUGCCAAAUCUGUUUACCACUGCCAGCUCGAUACCUCAACCACCCGACGUGAUCGACGUCUCGUCGUCGCCUUCCCAGUCGCCGCGACCGAUGCCCCUUGAGGCCCCACCUCUUAACGUUGUCGCAGAAUCGCCAGAUACAGCAUCUCACACGCCACGCGCGCGUUCUUUCACACCUGAACAGUCUUCCACGGGUGCUACCAGACGCACGUCACCACCUUGUACAAGUUCAUCGUCCACAACUUUGCAAAACGUCACCCCCAUCGACCAACUGGCUUCAUCUGCGACACCGGGAGUGAAUACAGCAUUCACGCCGGUGGCCCGAGGAAUUGCCUCAGACGAGCAAGUAGAUCGGAUGACGGAAUUACUCGCCACGACGACGGGCAUGCCACGUCACGUCGUGACCCAUGCAUUGUAUUCGUGCUCGGGCAAUCCCCGCGUCGCGUUCAAGUACCUCCGUGGCCAAAUGCCGUUAGAUUGUUGGACGGAAGACGAAGACGAGUGGAUUUUGAGCCAAUUUGGCGUGCUGCCCAAGUCAUGGAGUCCCGACCUGGUCAAGACCACCAUCAGACAAGUGAUCCACACUCACGGGGGCACCGCGCGGCCGCACACGGUGCAGAUGGUGUGGCAGCGCCUGCAGUUCUUAACCCACGAGUAGCCAUGAUAGUCUUAUUAGUAUCAGAAUAACUAUUGACGUUAUAUAUUGAAACGAGGUUGACAGGUUG